AUGAGGGCUUUAGCACGACUUCUGUUCUUUUCUAGUGCUUUAUUCUCAGUUUUGUUGAAUUCUGCUGUAUUAGACACCAUAAAUACAGGUCAAGCACUCAGAGACGAUGAUACGCUUGUUUCGGCUGGUGAAACGUAUGAGUUGGGAUUCUUUAGCCCCGGUAACUCCAAGAACCGAUACUUGGGGAUAUGGUUCAAGAAAAUAGGGAAAAUUACCAAAAUUUCAUCAGUAUCUGUUGGUAAUGCUCCCGUUGUAGCAAAGCUUCUCGAUUCUGGGAACCUUGUUGUGUGUUACGAUAGUAGCACUGACGAAGAUUUCGUUUGGCAAAGUUUUCGAUUACCCAACCGAUACAUUGCUAGCGGGAAUGAAAUUGGGGAAGGAUUUGGUAACAGGCGUAGACAGGAGGUAUAUAGUAUAUUUCAUCUUAUUAAUAACUCAAUUAUGUCGAGGGUGUAUCUAAGUCCGAAAGGCAAGGAAAUGCGCUUGAACUGGAUUGAUCCCGCACAAGGUUGGAUGCCGUAUCUGGUCACAACGGUUGAUAUGUGUGCCCAAUAUGGACUCUGUGGUGCAUAUGGAAUCGGUAACAUCAACAGUUCUCCAGCAUGCAGUUGUAUGGAAGGGUUUGAACCAAGAUUUCCAGUGCAAUGGAAUGCAGGAAAUUGGUCAGGUGGCUGUCAACGUGAAAAAUCGUUAAAUUGUGGGAAUAAGGAUGCGUUUCGAAAACUUUCAGGUGUGAAAUUUUAUCACAUCGAAGGUGUAAUGGAAGAUGGGCGAGAAAUAGCAGUGAAGCGGUUGUCGGAAACUUCUACGCAAGGACUUGACGAGUUUAUGAACGAGGUUAGAUGUAUUCACCGGCUUCAGCACCGAAAUCUUGUGAAGCUUCUGGGAUUCUGUGCUCAAAAACAUGAAAUCAUGUUGAUUUAUGAAUACAUGCCCAACAGAAGCCUUGAUACAUUUUUAUUUGAUGAGACCAAAAGUUCAAUGCUUGAUUGGACUAAACGAUUCCACAUCAUCAAUGGGAUCGCUCGAGGGCUUCUUUAUCUGCAUCAAGAUUCAUGCCUUCGCAUCAUACAUAGAGAUCUGAAAGCCGCCAAUAUUUUGUUAGACACUACUCUUACAUCGAAGAUAUCAGAUUUUGGGCUUGCUAGAAGAUUUAAAGGAUACGAGACUCGGGUUAAGACAAAGAAUGUGGUUGGAACUUAUGGCUACAUUCCUCCAGAGUAUGCAGUUCAUGGAGUUUUCUCUGUAAAAUCAGACGUGUUUAGCUUCAGUGUUUUAGUUCUGGAAAUAGUAAGUGGGAUGAAGAAACGAGAAUUUUCUUCUCACGAGCACCUUGACAACCUUCUUGGACAUGCAUGGAGACUAUAUAAAGAUGGCAAGUGUCUUGAUCUGGUUGGUGCGCCUUUACUCGACUCAUGUGUCGUCUCUAAGGUACUCCGAUCAAUACACAUUGGUUUGUUAUGUGUGCAAAAUCAUGCAGAAGAUAGACCAACAAUGUCAUCUGUGGUAUUGAUGCUGGGUAACGAUGGUGUAUUGUCUCAACCUAAAUCACCUGCAUUUUUUACGGGGCCUGAGCUCAAAUUGUGUGCACACACGAGACAAGAACCUUCAGUCAAUAAUAACCGAAACCCACAAAGUGGAGCGAGCGAGGCGACAAUCAUGCGACAAGCCACCGAAGAGUAUUGCCGACUGUACAAAAAGAGGACUUUUCCACACGUGGGGGCAUGGGAAGUUGCGAGACAUCACCCGAAGUGGGCCCCCAUUGAGUUGGUUGACAUGCGUGGUCCUACGGCUCCAAAAAAACAAGGCGGUUCGAAAAGAUCAAAGACAUCCGAUUCGGGGAACUACACGACUUCCGCGCGGCUAACUUGCCCGAAAUGA